AGAAAGCAUGCUCUGCUGCUAAAAACCAUAAGUAAAAUUUAAAGGGAAUAAUUGUUACUCUAUGAUAAUGGGAUCGAUAUGGUAUUUUAAGUCUCAGAUAUGUUCAAUGUGAUGAAUUCCUCGCUGAACUAUCAGUGACAGAGGAUGUGGGAAUGGACAUCCCCUUUGAUGAGGGUGCACUAAGUCCCUUAGCUGAAGAAAGCAGACCUGAACCACCAAAUUCCCUGGAUCUCAAUGGAACACACUCUGGGAAGAAAAAGCUUAUAGCGCCUGAAAUCAGCCUUUCACUUGACCAAAGUGAAGGCUCAGUUCUUUCUGAUGAUAACCUUGAUACUCCCGAAGAUCUUGACAUCAAUGUAGAUGACCUUGAGACUCCUGAUGAAGCAGAUUCGCUUGAAUACUCAGGGCAGGGUAAUGAACUGGAGUGGGAAGAUGAAACACCAAGCACAGUCAAUAUGGGGAGAGAAGUGGCAGAACCUAUACCAGAAUAUACAGCUGAAGAGGAACGUACUGAUAACCGGUUAUGGCGAACUGUUGUCAUUGGGGAACAAGAACACAGGAUUGACAUGAAAGCUAUUGAACCUUACAGAAAAGUUGUCUCUCAUGGGGGAUACUAUAGUGAUGGGCUUAAUGCCAUCAUUGUGUUUGCUGCAUGCUUCCUGCCAGAGAGUAGCAGACCAGACUAUAACUAUAUCAUGGAGAACCUCUUUUUGUAUGUGAUAAGUACUUUAGAGCUCUUGGUAGCUGAGGAUUACAUGAUCAUUUAUCUGAAUGGAGCCACUCCACGAAGAAAGAUGCCAGGUUUUAACUGGAUGAAAAAGUGCUAUCAAAUGAUUGACAGAAGGUUGAGGAAGAAUUUGAAAUCAUUUAUAAUUGUGCACCCAUCAUGGUUUAUCAGGACAAUACUUGCUGUGACUCGGCCUUUUAUUAGUUCAAAGUUCAGCAGUAAGAUAAAGUAUGUCAGUUGCCUGGCUGAGCUGGAGGAGCUGAUCCCCAUGCAACAUGUUCAGAUACCAGACACUAUAAGAAAGUAUGAAGAAGAAAAGUGUAUAAAAAGAAGGAUGAGAUUAGAUGAAGAACUAAAAGAAGCAUCAGACACAACAAAAGCUGAAACAACAGUUGAUAAACAUCUGGAGUAACCAGUCAAACAUGGAAUCGCAGAACCGCAUACGCAUAAUUUUCUUUCUCACUAACAACAGCAAUUCCUUCAUCACAUCCUGAUUUACCUUUUUACACGUUGCUUAUUCAUAUUAAUGAAGUGUUAUCAGUGAGUCAUAAAUUGAGACGAGUUGUGCCUGUGAAUAAAAUGUCAUAAAGAAUAUUGUGAUGAGUGGCAAUAAUAUGCAUCUACUUAAAUGUUUAUCUCAAAGUAAUUGUAUAUUUAAAAAGAACACUUUAGCAUUGCCGUAUUAAAAAGAAACUUACGAUGCCAAACUAAAGAGUAGUGCCUCUUUUCAUCUGACUGCCCCACUCCACCACCCUGCCUAACAACUCCCACAUCACUGGCUUUCCCAGUGAGCGUCAUUAGCCAUUUCAUCCUUUUGCAUGAUAUCACAGGCUGGAGGAUGCCUGUGUUAGAGAUGUUUCACUCUUGAAGGGAAUAAUUGAAGAGCUGUUUAUUUUAGAACUAUAAAAACAUUUACAUGAAAUCUUUGAAAGCCAAUAUAGACUUGCUUGACAAUCUCCUGAAAUUAGACCAUAUAAGAUGCAUUUUAGGAAUUUUGUCAUGCUAUCUUGUAUAUAUCUUUAGAAUUGUUUGUGUAAUAGUUAAUGUGGGUGAUUUAUUUUCAUUCGAUUAUUUUGAAGCAUAUUGGAAACUUAUUCCUAUCAAAAUACUUUACCGCACAGUUAUUUGCAAAACAUUAAAAAGUAAGUUUCAUGGUCAUUUACAGCUACUUACUUUAUUUGAGAGAUGGGAGUCAUCAGUAUCUCAGCAUUAUCAUACUAUAUCCUGUUCACUUGUGUCUUCUGGCCCUUGCUAUUCUGUAUCUCAGCAAAGACAACUGGUGAACUGGAUUUAAUCAAAGGUACAGUUAGAAAGGCAACUCGUGUUUACACAACCUUAAAACUAGCAAAUCAUGAAAUUCAUUUGAACUAGCAGUUUUUCAAAUCACUGGCAACCUUCAUUUGGAUUAAACACAUUCUUCUGAAUGUAAUUAAAAUAGCUAAUCCUAAACAUAAUUCAUUCAAUGCAUGCCAAUUUGAUGAUUUUGUUCCUACUGAUUUAAUGUAGACCAAAAAACCAGAAGUAUUUUCUUUUUGAUUUUUUUUUGUUGCCAGCUUACUGUUCAAAUUCAUCACCUUGCUUCCAUUGCUUGGUCAGACCCUGUUACUCUAGCUUAAGGCACUGUAGAAGAAUGCUCUCCACCUGGACAACUGCAGUUCAAGCAGAAGUCAUAUGCUUAUUUGAGCAAACUAGUGUUGGCAAUAAACUUUAGCAGUAUCGGUGAUGCUCACAUCUUGCAGUGUAAGCAUCCCUUUUCUGACCUGUUAUCCUUGAGAUUUCUGUAAAUAAUUAUCAGCCUGUUAUUUCAAAGUAUGUUUCUAGUUAGUUGAGGACACAAAAUACAGUAUAUUUGAAAUUGUCAGACCUAACAAAUUUGAUUUUUGUGGUAAUGUUGAGAUAUCCAAAUUGAACACUAUUUCUUUAGAGGUGAUUUUCAGCUUCACAAAUCCCUCCAAGUACAGUAGGUUUUGGGGUUUAUCAUUGCGAGCUUUUAACCUUUUUGUCCCAAUGCAUUGCUAGAUCUAUUGGGCUGCUUUUAAUCAAGUUUACUAAGGGAAAGAAUUAAUUGCUCAAUAACCAAUAGCAAAGCAAAUAAUGGUAUAAUUAACUAAUCACAGUUAGGUAGGCACAAAUUUAGGAAUUCUUCAAUGGUUGAGUUUAUUGCUUGUGGGAAAGCUUUCAACAGGAAUGUGAAAUGAUUAAUACAGUAGGGUUAGGAGUAGAUGAUUGAAAGAGCAAAAUGUGCUACUUUUUCAUCAUAAUUGUACCUUCUAUAAAAUAGGUUACAACUGAUAGCAUGCUUCGUAAACCAGGACAACAUUUACUGUCAUAUACACUUGGUGAAUGGUAUUUGGAAAGGGUUCUUUCAUGUCAAAUAUGGUAUUUUUUACAGCUUUUGCAUUAUUUAUUCCAUAAGUGAAAGUGAUACCUGAUAUAACAAUUAAAAUGCUAUCUCGCUCAGUAAAUUAGAACCAUUUCUUCCCUUGAGAGAAUUAGGCUGUAGUUAAUAUGGUUACCAAUGUGGAGCAAAUUCAUGUCCAAAAAUAUCAGUGACUACAAAGCAGAUUUCUUUUUUUUUGUAUGUUACUUGGAUGUCACCUCUGAAAACUCAUACAAUGGCAUUUUACUAAUCAUUUAGUAUGACCCACCAUUGUCUUUCCAUUGCCACGACAGUAUGUUUCAGGUGGACAAUUCACCUGCACAUUGAUUCAUUUGAUUUAAGAUUUUCUUAGCAAAUAAAACACCCUCCCUUAAGAUUUAUGUAAUUCUCUUCUACCAUUCAAAAUAUUCUAAAAGGUCUUGUGUUACAGAGCCAUUGUAUUCUAGAAAGGAUUACAAAUAAAUAUGUGUUUGGUUUAACUGUUCCAAUUUGAAAUAUUUUAAUUUAAUCAACUUCCAUGACUAUUUCAUUUGCCAAUUUAACGGCUGGAGCCUCUUUUCUCAAAUGCAUUCACUGUAUUUUAAAACCUUGCCCUCACUAUUGUUAUCUACAGACCUCCAGGGGUUUUUUAAAUUCAAAAUCAUACCUCUGAGAUAUUCUUGUAAUUAAAGCUUCAUGGGCAAGCUUCCUGCACUUUUCCCUUUAUAAGCAAUCUGUUUGAUUGGUGAAAAUCUACAAUUCUUGGUUACUUAUAGAAUUUGCUACUAAUAGAAUCCAAUAUAUGUUUUGAAAAGUAUAAUGGAGUUCCAGUUUUCUCUAGCUAAAUUCUUAUAUGUUUAAGGCCAUUAGAUUUUUGCAAAACAAACCAGAAUUUUUAAAAUUCUAUCAGAAUAGUAAUAUUCAAUCUGACCUUAGAUUUUGUUAUAAAAUCUGCUGAAGUUUGCAACAACAAUCAACUUGGAUAUUACCUAUAAUGUAUCCCAUUGUAUUUUUAUGUUUCAAAUUGUCUAAGUGAGUUACACUGUCAUUCUGUACAAAUGACUAGGCAAUUUUAAUCAGUAAACUUUAUCUAUCAUGUUUGCAAAAACGACAAAGCUGUUUCAGAAUGGAAAAUAAUUCCUAUAUGACAAGUGACUUAACAUUCUCAUUCUUUUUGUGCCAUGUUAGUGGCACAGAAUUCAGAAUGGUGGAGGUUAGUAAUAAUCAAUAUAAGCAUGAUUCUGUCUUAAGCUAGGUAUCUUUGUUAUGUGACAUAGAGAUGUCUCAAUCUGAAAAUGCUGUUUUUCCAUUGUUGGAAACGUGUCCAAGUUUAAACAUACCCAUCAGAUGAGAGAACAAGUCCAAACUUGGCAGUGGCUACAGUUUCAUUGGAGGAAGUACAACUUGUUAUUUGUAGCUAUAUUUCCUACAUUGUCCUGCAGCCACUGUCAACCAAGGACCUCUGUUAUAGUUGCACUUAAAGCAUUCGUACUUUGAAAAAUCAAUGGCAAGGUGAUCCUUUAUGUAAAGAAAUUGUGAAACUACAUGUACUUAAAAAGAAUGAUAAUUUGCACUAUUAAAUGUUGUGCUCUCCUAUGUGUGACAUUGUUUUCUUUCUGUGACUUUACAUAAUAGGCAAUUAAAGAAAUGCAUGUGCCGUGAAAAGGAAUGCACAUAACAUGACUGCAGUGGGUGGUAUGAGAAACACUGUUAAUUUCAAUAAAUGUCAAUGACUUGGGUUUAUCUUUGCAGUUGAUUUGAAGUUAAAAAAAUGUAAGCAGUUUUGAUAGCUGUGGCACAUGAUGGAAGGGGAAAGAGCAGAUGAAAUGUAAUGCAAAGAUGAAGUAAUGUAGUUCAGCUUCAUAUUCAGAGUUGUUUGUCACAAGUACAUCAAAACAUAUUGUACAAUGUUAUAUUAAUAACCAAUGCACCUAAGAAUGUGCUGAGGGCAGCCUGCAAGUGUCAACGCACAUUCUGGCAUCUACAUAGCAUAACUACAAUGCUUGGAGGGAAAAGAUCACAUAAGGGAAAGUGAUAUACAUUAAUUUUCAAUGGGCUGCAGGAAGCAUACACAGCUUCUCACGGGACAAGUUGAUAAAGCCAUUUAAGAAGCAGAUGCGAUUAAAAUAUUUAUUAGAGGUACAGGUUGCUGAGUUUUACUAUGUGACAGCCCUUUAAGUUGUUUCUAUGCUGAUGUGCUUAUAGUUGGUUAUCUGAUGCACUGGUACACAAAUUUGUACAGUAAUUUGCACUAUGAGACUUCUGGUGCUCAAUUGAAGCCCAUUUCAGAGUACACAAAAUUAUAUCCAAAGGUCUUCA